AACCUAAAUACCAUCCCGAACCCUUCGACUCAGUGCAAUGACGAGCUGUGAGAAUUGUGGACGAUCCCAAGCUUACAAGCGGUAUCAAACUCUUAAAUCUUAGGAGAGAUUUUGCCUCACUAUGUAUAUUCUAUCACUUGUACAACGGAUUGUGCUCAGAGGAAUUAUUCAAUAUGAUGCCCACAGUCACUUUCUACCAUCGUACGGCUCGCCAUCAACAGGGAGUUCAUUCUCAUGUUCUACAGCCUCAAUGGUCGCAUACUGCGCGGUUUCAGAGAUGCUUCCUUCCACAAAUACUCAGGUUAUGGAAUGAGCUCCCUGCCAAGGUUUUCCAAAGAGUCUAUAGCAUGGGGUUCUUCAAAAGGGGAGUAAAGAGGUUUCUUCAGGAUCGGCAACGCACGCGUAAUACCUCUGGUAUUGCAGGUGUUCAUAGGCGAUGGUAACCACUUACCAUCAGGUGGGCCGUAUGCUUGUUUGCCACCUCAGUGGUAUAAAAAAAUCUAUCAUCACACACUUGUUCCACAACGAUGUAUAUCGAUAGCACAGGUAAAAUUACCCUUAAAAUAUGAUAUAUAGUGGUAGAGCACUGAUAAGAGACAAUGAAAAAACUCCACUCUGACCUGACUUCGUCCUCACCUAUUAUUCUUCGCUGGUAUCCCAAUUCCACGUUCUAUUUACCUAUUAUUAUACUUAAAAAAUAAUUCAACCCCACCAAUACGAUAUUAAUAUAGGUUAUAUAAUUUAUCUAGUAGUAUUUAAAUGACAAUUCAAUUUUUGUUAUUGGUACAUAUAUUGAUUAUAUUACUGAUAAAAUAAAAUAAAAAAUUGACUCAAAUUUGUAAAUACGUAAAAAUGAACGAAAGCAUAUCAAUUUGGGUAAAAAAUAAAAAAUCGAAUCUGGCAACCCUAUUUGUCAGUGUAAUAUUGUGCUGUUUCUGUUUUGUGGUUAUGUCAUGUUGCAGUGUCUUGUAAUGUUUAAAUUUAUAAAAUCUUUCUAGUCGUAUUAUUUAUAUUUAUAUUUUUUAUAAAUAAUAAGUUAUUUUUUUAAGUUCUAGAAUUGGAAUUCUUUAUUAAAAUACUUAUGUGUAUAAUUAUUUAAUUUUUAUGAUUUUUGUUGAAAUUUAAAGUCCUUAAAGUAGAAAAAGAAAAUUGGAAUAAGAAAUGAAUUUAAUAUCUAAAAAGUGUAAUAAUAUUUAUAAAAAUACAGAAAUAUUUUUGAAAAGUAUCUCCCGUUAUAAAAAGUAUUCAACACACAAAAUUCUUGGUAUAGAAACAUCAUGUGAUGAUACUGGUUGUGCAGUAAUCAAUGACAAAUGUGAAUUGUUAUCAGAAUCAUUAUAUUCACAGCAUCUAAUACACUUACGACAUGGUGGUAUUAUACCAGAUGUAGCUCAAGAUUUACACAGAUAUAACAUUGAACCAAUCGUUUCUGGUACUUUGCAAAAAGCAAAAUUGACUAUGUCAGAUAUAUCAGCAAUAGCAGUGACACUAAAACCUGGGUUGCCUCUAAGUCUUGCUAUUGGAAUGAAGUAUGCUAAACAUUUGGCUCGUCGACAUAAUAAACCAAUAAUACCUGUUCACCAUAUGGAAGCUCAUGCAUUGGUAGCUAGAAUGCAAUACAAUAUACGAUUUCCCUUUUUAGUAUUGUUAAUUUCUGGGGGGCAUUGUUUACUAGCAGUAGUACAAGAUAUUAAUAAGUUUAAACUACUAGGAGAAAGUAUUGACUGUGCUCCUGGGGAAAUUUUUGAUAAAGUUGCACGAAGAAUGAAAUUAAAAAAUGUGCCUGAAUAUUCAAAGAUCUCAGGAGGACAAGCGGUGGAAUUAGCUGCAGCUAAAGCAACUAAUCCAAAUAUGUUUAAACUUCCUUUACCAUUAGCAGAAUAUAAGGAUUGCAAUUUCAGUUUUAAUGGCUUAAAAACCUCUGUUUUACUUCAUCACCAUAGAAAAGAGGUUGAACAUAAAAUUGUAGCUGAUGAAUUGAUACCAGAAGUAAAUGAUUUAUGUGCGGCCAUGUUGAUGGCUACAUCUAAACAUUUGGUGCAUAGAACACAAAGAGCUAUGGAAUUUUGUCACAAAAGAAAUCUCAUUAGUGAGGACAAUAAACUACUGGUAGUGUCUGGUGGCGUAGCAUGUAAUGACUACAUAUUUAAUGCUCUAUCAAUAUUAUGUAAUGAAACAAAUUAUAAAAUAUUUAGGCCAUCACAUAAGUUAUGUACAGAUAAUGGUGUAAUGAUAGCAUGGAAUGGUUUAGAAAAAUGGAAACGAAACAUAGACAUAGUUACUAAUCUUGAUUCACUGGACAUAGAAGCAGUUAGCCCGCUGGGUCAAAAUCUUAUUUCAAAUGUUAAGGAUGCAAGAAUUGCAACAAAAUUAUUAAAAAUUAAACUAUGAUCUUAU